AAUUCUAUUGUGAUUGUACUGUUUGUUUCUAAGCUUUGUUUGACGCAAUUGUGUUGAUUAGCUGAGAAUCUUGAGCUAGGAUGCGCAUUAAGUCUGGGGUCCGAGGAAGAGCGUACUCUCUGUUGCGCGCACUGGGGUCUGUCCAGGUGAAUGGACGCUGCACAGAAAAGGCAUGCGCAGAACAGUUGCGGUCUUUCGUUUAUGUGGCUGCAAGAGAAACUCUCGCCUAGCAUGACAUAACGACCAGUUAUUCGGUGACUCACCCGUCUGUGUGCCAAUGAGGAGAAGGCGGCCGUUGGUGGUUAUUUUCCUGAUUUUCUCCAUCAGCAUCUUUCUCGUCGCUUUUUAUCGCUGGCCACGCUACUUCCCUCAAUCUAGAGAACGCAAGACAUCAAACCGCAAAUCCGUUUCUCGACGAAAAACCCUUGCAGGUCGUACAUCAUUUCUAUCUCACUGUUGUGACUCUACAGCAGAUGGUCUUUCCUCUGUCACAGACGCAAUUGAUAGUGCAGUAUGGCAGAGCAGCUUUCCACACGCGAUUAUAAUUGGAGUGAAGAAGGGUGGCACACGGGCGCUCCUCAGCAUGCUCGGUCUGCAUCCGCAGAUUCGCAGCGCACCGAAGGAGAUCCAUUUUUUCGACCGAGACGAGGAGUUCCGCAAGGGCAUCGACCACUACAUUGCUCAGAUGCCGAAACGCAAACGCAAUCAAGUGGUGGUUGAGAAGACGCCGAGUUACAUUAUUGGUCCGUCCGUUCCGAAGAGAAUGAAAGAAACCUUACCGUUGUCGACCAAAUUUAUCGUUCUCUUUCGCGAACCGAUAGAGCGAGCUAUUUCUGACUACAUGCAGACGUUGUCUAGUCCUGUCAGUAACGGCACUGCCGUCCAGACUUUUGCUAGCAAGGUCAUCACAGCGAAUGAUUGUCAGAGUCGGCAGGCACGGUGUGUUGAUUCUGAUGCCUAUCUCAUCCAACUGGGCCAGUACGCGAGGUGGAUGCAAGAGUGGCUUGCGUACUACAAUAGAAGUCACUUCCUCUUCCUCAGCAGUGAAGAAUUGACUUUGAAUCCUGUUGGAGUACUAAAUCAAGUGGAAACAUUUUUGGGUGUUAAACCAUUCUUUCAAGGAAAGAUGUUCUAUUUUAAUGAAUUGAAAGGAUUUUAUUGUCAUCGGUUGAGGCGUAAGAGGGAGAAGUCGCAAGAGAGUGAUGGCUGCCUUGGUCGAUCUAAAGGAAGGCAUCACAUUAAGGUCGAUCCUGAUGUUGUCAACAUGCUGCAGAAUUACUUUGCCCCUUGGAAUAGAUUAUUAUAUAGUUUGAUAGAUAAAACAUUCAAUUGGAACUACACAAAAGAAAGCUAGGCAAGAAAUUAGAAAGCCGGUCUAGUCUGUAUUAGACAUAUGAAGAGAUGAAGUAAAUACUAUUUAUUGAUUGUCAA